UUGCCGCCAUUGUUCCUCGUUAUAUUUCUUCUUCUCCACUUCGUCUUCGUCGCAAACGCUUCCCUGCUAUUUACUCUGAUGCCACAAAUUAUGCCUUUUUCGUGUCGACAUCCGAUUAUGAAAAAUUAGUCAUUGGCUUGUUUUGGUGGGGCCAUGGCUUUAAUUGAGGCCGCCAUUGGAGGACUGUGUGCAGUGUGUAUAUCUUUUCUUGUCGGUUUGAUAAUAGGGUGGACAUGGAAACCAAGAUGGGAAUGGUUCUGGAGGGAUGUGCCCAUCUUUAAUUCAGCCGCUGAUUCUUCUAAUUUGGCUAUACCGGCCUCACUUUCCACGAAGGAUUUAGGAUCGAGCUCUGCUCCUUGCUUGAAUUCCUCCGGGCCUGCAACUUUCCCGUCAUGGGUCAUCGGAGAGAGAGACACAAAGACAACUCCUUUACCUGCUAGCAAAAAUGAUGAUUGCAGUAAAUCUCAGCUCAAUGAAGGGCAACCUAAUGUUGUGAAGGAGGAAGAUUUACAGUAUUUAAUCCAGCUUGUAAAGAUGAAAGGUGGAGGUCCUCCUUGGAUACACAUGAUGCAUCGUGUCAUGCCGAAUAUGAGCUAUCAAGCAUGGUGGAGAGAUCCCAAGAAUGGUCCUUGUCAAUAUCGAAGUAGAACUGUGUUUGAGAAUGCCGCACCGGAGUUGGUGAGGGACUUUUUCUGGGAUGACGAGUUCAGACCAAAGUGGGAUAACAUGCUUGCAUCUUCUACAACCAUAGAAGAAUGUCCCAACACAGGAAACAUGGUAGUGCAAUGGAUACGUAAGUUCCCGAUUUUCUGUAGUGAUAGAGAAUACAUUAUAAGUCGACGAAUAUGGGAGUUGGGAAGAUCUUUCUAUUGCGUGACCAAGGGAGUGCCCUAUGCUUCUAUUUCAAGCCGCAAUGGAACAAAACGAGUUGACCUAUACUACUCAAGUUGGUGCAUUCGAGCAGUGGAAUCGAGAAGUGGUGAUGGCCAAAUGACAGCAUGUGAGGUGUUACUUUUCCAUCAUGAAGAUAUGGGAAUCCCGAGGGAACUUGCAAAGCUUGGAAUACGGCAAGGGAUGUGGGGAGCAGUCAAGAAAAUUGAGCCUGGCUUACGCACCUACCAGAAAGAAAGAUCAUCUGGAGCACCCCUCUCUCCAUCUGUUCUUAUGGCUCAAAUCACUACCAAAAUAAACGUGGAAUCUCUUAUCUCAACAGGCUGCACAAGAAAUUUAUCGGAGGAAGAAGUGUCAACAGCUGACAAGCCACCGGGGAGGAACAUACCAAAGCUCAUAAUUUUUGGCGCAGCUGUUAUCCUUGCUUGUAGUCUUGACAGAGGGUUAUUGACGAAGGUGUUUACAUUUGGUGCUGCCAGAAGCUUUGCCAAUAUGGGAAGAAGAUUAUGAUUUAUGUGCUGAAGAUCAAUUUAGGGAUGUUGACUGUUUAGUAGCUCGCCUUUUGUGUAAUUGAGCAGUUUCUUUUUCCUUUUCUUUUCUAGUAUUUAGCAGAGAGGUGACUGUUACUUACCAUUCUGAGGACACUGAAGUUUCUGAUCUGUCCUCUGAUACUAAAUUCUUUGGACAACAGAACUGCCACGGCAAGCAGCCACGUUCAUUUGAUUAAGCGAAUACACAACUCUGUAUACCUGAAGCUCAAAGUUUCUUCCUAAGGUAUUCCCUGAGCUGAAAGAAUGCAGUAGCAUGUGUUUGUUACGUGCUGACUGCUCUGAGUCUCUUCUCAUGUUGCCUUAGAAAGUGGGUAUGCAGUUUGCUCAUAUUCAAGUUCUGCCAUUUUGCGCAUUUAAGAAAAUGAGCUUCGUCAUCCUAACCGUGUUUUCUUAUGAAAUUGCUAUUGGGGCUUAUAACAGCAGGCUUGGAACUGAUAUAUAUAAGUUUCCUUACUUUUGAUGCUAUGCAAGAUUUUGGAUAAUUACACCAUUUGCAGCAGAUUAGACGAUUAUUUUAUAAAAUUCAAGGCUCCAUCUAAUGUGAGCAUGGGUUGCAAAGCUAUGCAACACUUUGGAUAAUUACACUGUUUGGAGCAGAUUAGCUGCCAAGCAAAAGCAAGAAAACUCGAGAUUUGUGGAUAAGAACUUCAAGGCGUCAUGCCACUUUGAGUCCACUGGUUUUCAUGCAACCACCACAGAGGCGGCUGGCAAUGUCAGUGGCCAACAAAAGUUUCAAAAGAGUGCAACCCAUCAAACUGUGGUGCUAACUUGGGCAAAAAUAAAUCCCAAUUGCAGCAACUAGAAGGUAGUCGUAGCCAUAUGAGCCGCACCUUGGAUAGCUCAAUGAUUGAUCUUUAAAAGGUUCCAACAGACAAGAUGAAGACAGUAAAAGCUAAGCCAAGGAAAGUAAAGAUACCUUGGUGGUCAAGAGAAGUAAAGAAUGGUGUGAAGACAAGGACAAAUUUUAUCACCAAGGAAAUGCAAAUGUAAGUAUAUUAAAUAUGUUUAUAUGUAUAUGUGGAUGAAUAUUUGGAUGUCAGGAAGAUGAGGCUAGAGGGUAGCAGGAUAAUGUUAACUGGCAAAUGAUAUGAAGAUGAUGUGGGAGAGGGUUUUAAGAGAAUAACAAGCAGGACACGUCAUGAGCAGCGCGCUCACCACACAAGCCAACCUUUUUCUCUUAUCUUCUUCACCGUCACCGUGGAUCAAAUUGAAGUCGCAGCCAUUUUUUGCUCGACAGCUCUCUGUAAAUCUCAUCACAUGGUCAUGUCCACAUGGUCACCACAUGGCUUCAUGUGUGACUAAUCACACGUAACAGUUCCUUCUAAUCGGACUGCUAGCAGACCAUGUGGAGGUGGAAAAUGAGCCGUUUGUGCUUUCCCUAUGGCAUCAAUUUAUCAACUUGCGUUUCAACAA